GAGGGAAAGCGGGGGGGGAUGAGUUACCGGCGUCCCAAAGGCUGUCCCUGGGGCCGCGGCCCUCAGGGCGAUGGGGGGAUGCAAAGGGUGGUUCUGCUCAGCCAUCCCCGCUUUCGGCAGAGGGACAUCUUCCCUGGGAAGGGAGAUGGGCAGAUGCAGACAUACAGGAGUUCGACAACGUAGGAGGAAACCCUCAGUAGCCUGGUAGACUAGCAGUCAGUAGACUGGUCAGGAGACCCCCUGGCCUGAUCUUAAGUGUUUCUCUGAAGGUGUGGAUAACGGACUCACGGACGGAUAAACUCUGUGGCUGCCUAAUAAACUUCUGUGUGAGCAAGCAUGCUAAAAGACCUAACGCUCUGUGCUUUCACCUAAAUAACUUCACUCGCACGCAGAUCAGAGCACACCAUUUGGUAAUGGGUAAAAAUCCUCUGAAAGCUAAACUGCUUGUAGCGAUUUGGGAAGCCAAACUCCGUGUUACUACUAUAGGUGACUAAUGAAAACCUCCCCUCAACUUUCUGCUGCGGUUCAUGACGAAGUAGUGAGAUGUUUUCAUUGACUGCAGCACUGAGAACUUUAUCUGUGAGGAAAAUAUUACACGUCUUGAGGAAGCUAUAGAGAUUUGCUAAGGAACAGAGAGAAAAAGAUUUUAUGUUCUUUGUAUCUUCAUUUCUAAGGUAAAAGGAGUUCAUGAACCAACAAGCAGGUGGUGCCUCAUGAAAAGAAAGUGGAAAGUAAAAGAAGAGGAGAAAAUGUUUGCUAACGCAACGUGUGAUUACCCAGUUACAUUUCUGUCAGUAAGAAAUAAUUCUAGCCAAGAAACCAGUAAGAUGUUAUAAGAAAACUGCAUUUAAACGCACAGAUAAUAUGUAUGAUGCAAAUUUGUGUUUCUGCUUUUGAGGUAGUGGUAAGAUACUGCACUGGAUGGAUCACAGCUCUUAGCCAGUACAGCAAUUCGUGUGUUUCUACCAGCCUGGACUAGGCAAUCUGUAAUCUAGAGGAGGUAUUCCUGAUUGGUGAGAUGUGCAUUAUUGGUGAGGCCUAAAACUGGGCUUCAGUGAAUAAAUUUUCCACAUUGAUUAAUUUAGACAGUUGCUGAGGCUGCUGGAGCUGGGAUCGAAGACUGAGUAAGUGGCAUUGCUGGAGCUGGAAAGAGAAGUGAUGGAAAAGGAGUGCUUCCCUGGUCCUUCCUCUCCUGCACGUAUCAGAUAUCCAGAAUGUUACAAAAGGAUGCAGAGCAGGAGUCCCAAAUGAGAGCUGAAAUUCAGAACAUGAAGCAAGAACUCUCAACCAUUAGUAUGAUGGAUGAGUUUGCUAGAUAUGCCCGUCUGGAAAGAAAGAUUAACAAAAUGACAGACAAGCUUAAAACUCAUGUGAAAGCACGAACUUCCCAACUAGCCAAAAUAAAAUGGGUUAUAAAUAUUGUAUUCUAUAUCUUACAAGCUGCCUUGAUGAUCUCUCUGAUUUGGAUGUACUAUUCGGAGCCAGUUACAGUGCUUCCAAGCAAAUGGCUCGCUCCGCUGGAGCGCUUGGUGGCCUUUCCUACGGGGGUGGCAGGUGGUGUUGGAAUUACAUGUUGGCUGGUGGUUUGUAAUAAAGUUGUAGCUAUCUUGCUACACCCUUUCAGCUGAAGGAAUCCCAGUGAUCCAUGGAGUCCUCAACUACGUUUUCAUUAUCACUGUUUUAAAUCAAUGAAAGCAAAAAAAGGAACAGUUGUCUUCCUCAGACUCGGUCUGAGAUCAUCUUUGUUACUUCAUUUGGAUAUCAGUCAGUAUUCCUUUUGAUUUAUUUUAUCUUUCCUUAGUUUGUUUUUCAGUUUGGUGGUCAGUUUUCAAAGAAUAGCAGUGCUAUUUGCAGAACCUCAUUUUGGAUCUAUUUCAACAAUUAUGAACACUGAUCCAUGGCAGAACCGUAAGAUUUUGUCAUGGCAUAGUCACAAAAUGUAAAAGUCUUGGAUUUGUAUUUUUAAGUUGGCAAUACAAUAGCAUUAGGAAUCCUUUUGUGAGCUUUGCUGUAUAAUAUGGCAGAGGUGACUAUAUUUGGUGACAAGUGAUACUAGAGGAUAGAGGCAGGUGUUUUGGUUGGCUCGGGGUAAAACAGGAUUAGUUUCCUCCUUGUUUUUUACAGUAGAAUUGGUGUAUUGUGUAUUCUUGGACUGUCUUAGAAAAUGCAUUAUUGAUAUAUACGCAGAAUCAACCUUUUAUCUCUUAGAGACUCACUCAGUUGCCAGAUACGGGACGGCUGGAUACUUUGUCCUCCCUGACUUUUAAAAUUCAUUGAACACCUGAUUUUUUCCCCUGCCUUUAUUGAUAACUGACCUUUUCCUUCCUUGACAUUUUCUCUGCUUCCCAAGCUGAGCGAGGAUGACAAACUAUUUCCUUCCAUGUUUUGGGAGGAAAGGUCUGGCCAUCCUUCUCAAGCACAGUGUUAAGAGAGAGCAAGUAGAAGACAAUGCUGUUCCUUCGGAGGACUACAUUCCCUGGCUUUAGCACACAGUAACGACAGUCCAAGGUAGCCUGAAACAGACAUGUCAAUGUAAAAAGGCAAAUCAGUGAUUUAAAUCCCUAAAGUAGUAACGGAACAGUAGCAAGCAGGAGGAAGAGGGAAAACAGUGUUCUACUUUGGAGUAAAUCCUUCUUGCUGUAUUUAAGUACAGGAAACAGUCACAAUAUUUUGAAUUUAAAGGUGGACAGAAUUCUUCCUAGUACCCUGCCUGUAGAACUGUGACAAAGUUGUGAUAUUUUCCAUGCUACAGUGGCAUCUGCAACCCUGUCAUCGUGGCCCCAUAAGGCAAAUGAGUGGGUGUAUAAAGUUCUUGUUCCACACCUCCUUUUUUUUGUUGACAUAAACCUGAACAAAGCUCUGAGGGGUACCUUUCCCUCUUCUGCUGGGCUUUGGCAAUUCUGGUUCCGCUUCCCACUCUGCAGAGUGGAGGCGUUUGCUGUGUUGUUUCAGGUCUUCUGCCUUCCUGCAGGGAUGAAGGAAGGGGCUAGGGCCCCUCCAAAAUUAGCACUGCCUUUAGAAAUGAAUUCAAAAGGUCAUGAUAUGUUGUGUGUAUAUAAGCAUGAAAUGAUGGGGUUUUUAAAAGGUUAAUUUAAAAAAAACAAUGGUUUUAUAUUAAGUACGAGGUUUAGCCAACGUGAAAAUUGAUGCAUCAUCAAGAAAAAUAUGUUGUGAUUGAAUGUUAUGUAUAAUCAUGUUUUUUUAUUAACGAAAUAAAGCUUUUCAACCCAUCUCAGGUUUUCUAA